CAAAACCUCCCAAAAAAGCAUCCCAAGAUCAGGAUUGGGGUUUGGGAAGGUGAGGAUUAUAAAAGCCGUCAAAUUCAAAUUCGCGGAACCACAAGAGCUCAAUCUCCGCAAGGAAUUCUAAUAAUCCGAUUCGCAGCAGCUAUGACUGAGUACUGGGUUAGUCAGGGCAACAAAUGGUGUGAUUUCUGCAAAAUCUUUCUCUCAAACAAUCCUUCAAGCAUCAGGAAUCAUGAGCUUGGUCAACGUCACAAAGACAAUGUUGCACAAAGGCUCAAUACGAUGAGAAAAGAGAAAACUGCAAAAGAGAAAGAACAGAAGGAAGCAACUCGUGCUCUUGAACAAAUUGAAGCAAAAGCCCAACGCAGCUAUCAAAAGGAUGUAGCUCAAGCCCGAGCAGCUGCUAAAGAUCCUACUGUUUCUGAAGAUUGGGGGGAGCAUGACAGCUCAUCAGGCUACUAUUACAACAAGACCAAUGGUUGUUACUAUGACCCGAAAUCUGGCUUCUACUACACAGAUGCUUUAGGCCGGUGGGCCACACAGGAAGAGGCAUUAGCAGCAACCCAAGCUGUUACUACAUCAGAAUCUGCUCCAAUGAAACCUGUUUUAAAACAGAACCAUGCUGUCUCAGAAACACUUCAAAGUGGCCCCCCUCCGGGGCGUGUUGUUUCGACUCCGCUUAAUCCAACCAGAUCUGUAAAAGGUGCUGCUCCCUCUUCAAUAUCGGUUGACAACAAAAGAAAAAGGGAAACAACUCAGAAGAAGCCAACAAAAGCUAUGUCGGAAGCGGAAUCAGCUGCACUCAAAGCAAGGGAAGCUGCUAGGAAGAGAGUUGAGGACAGGGAAAAAUCUUUGCUUGGCCUUUAUAAGCAUUAGCCUCUACUUGUUAAAACACCUAGAGGGGGAUGAAUUCUUGCUUUAUGUAUUGCGCUUUGUACCAUAAGAUGUUGCUAAGCAAUAUCUCCAUAUCGAUUUGUAACUUGCCAUGGGUUUAGAGAGAUUUAUGUUUCUCAUUUUCUUCAGAAUAAUUUCAUUCAAUGUGACGGGAAAUAUUGAGUUUGUUUCACCUCUUUCGUUGUUGCAAAUUACAAUUAGAUGUUUACAUAUUUCGACUAUAUGAUGAUAGAGUUU